UUUCCGGUUCCGGUUCACGCCGAAAACAAAAACGUUUUCGAAUGUGUAUCUCUUAGUGAGAAAUAUCUGACUCUCUAUAAAGGCAGUUUACUCAAAACAUACACAGGAAAGAAGAUGUCCGAUGACGCAGACAGCUCGUAUGAGCAAGGUGAGCUCGAACCAAGUCCAGAUCACCACCGGGCCUCGGACAAUGAACGUCAGCUGUCUCUGUCUCCGCAGUCCCAGGAGGCUAUUGUUAUUGAUGACCCAGAGGAUCAGGACUUCUCAGACAAGGACAGGAGUGGGGGAGAAGAUGGGGAUGGACUGGACAUUAAACCUCCUCAAACCCACGCAGGACGCAAGGAGAAGUCGCGCAAACACAAACACAAGGAGGAGAGGCGACGAGAGAGGGACAGACGGGACCGGGAGCGAGAAUACAGAGACAGAGAGAGGGGUCACUCAGGACGGCAAGAACCAGAACGUCACCGAGUGGUUCAGAUGCGGGACCGACGGGAACACCGGGAACAGAAGGAGAUGCAGGUGCGAGAGAUGGACAGGGAGUGGCAGCGGGAACGAGAACUUGAGCGGGAAAGACAAAAAGCAAGAGAGGCUGAGAGAGAAAGAAAAGAAAAGGAAAAGGAAAGGCGAAUGAAAUUGGAAUCACGCGAGGCUCGUGAAAUGAGAAAGAGACAGGAAUCCCAAGACGAAAGUGAUGAUUCCUUCCUUUACAGAGAGAGACUUGAACAGCUUGAGCGAGAGAAGCAGAGAGCGAGAAGAAUCCGAGAAGAGAGGGAGAGAGCUCGCAGGAAGGAGGAAGAGAGACGUCAAGCCCAGCAAGCACGAUCAGAGAAUCACGUAAAGAGGCAAAAGGUUGUCCGCACAGAUGGUGAGCGUGUCCGUAGUCGCAGUCGAGAUCGGCGGCAUCAGCGGGAGGUAGAAAUCAAGGGAAGAUCCCACCGGAAAGAGGGUGACCACCGAGGUCGAAUGGUGGGUCCCCACACCCCAGAGGAAGAAGAUGAGGAAGAGGAUCACAGAGAGGUUCACAUCGAGGCUCACGAGGAAUACAUGACUGACGAGGAGGAAGAGGAGGAGGAGGAAGAAGAAGAGGAGGUGGAGGAAGAGGAGGAGGAAGAAAAGGAAGUAGAUCACUCGGAGGAGGAAUAUGCCGAGUCGGUAGAAUCACAGGAGACAGAGAGUGACAACAGUAGCAGCACCUCCAGCAGCAAGGUCAGCGAGGGCGUCGCCAGCAACGGCCACCACGAGAAAGUACGCUCCAAGUUUGAUGACCAGUCAGAGAAUGAGAGUGAGACGGAGAGCGUUGAUAUGCUCAACUCCAAUAACGACGUGGGCUACAUCGCAGACUCCCCACCGCCAUCGCCGUUGGAACUAGAGAUUAAACUCCCUCCCUACUUCCCUGCAUUGCAGGGCUGUCGCAGUGUGGAGGAGUUCAGCUGCCUGAACAGGAUCGAGGAGGGAACGUACGGCGUGGUGUACCGCGCCAAGGACAAGAAGACGAACGAGAUCGUGGCUCUGAAGCGACUGAAGAUGGAGAAGGAGAAAGAGGGCUUCCCCAUCACAUCCCUCAGGGAGAUCAACACACUGCUGAAGGCUCAACACUACAACAUUGUCACAGUCAGGGAAAUUGUUGUCGGUAGCAACAUGGACAAGAUCUACAUUGUGAUGGACUACGUCGAACACGACCUCAAAAGUCUGAUGGAGACCAUGAAACAACCAUUCCUUGUUGGGGAAGUGAAGACACUGAUGCAGCAACUACUUCGGGCAGUGGCCCAUCUCCAUGACAACUGGAUCCUCCAUCGUGACCUGAAGACCUCCAACCUCCUCCUCAGUCACAAGGGCAUCUUGAAGGUCGGAGACUUCGGUCUGGCGCGAGAGUACGGGUCCCCGUUGAAGCAGUACACACCUAUUGUCGUCACGCUGUGGUACAGAGCUCCUGAACUUCUCCUGGGAACAAAGUUAUACACCUGUGCUAUAGACAUGUGGUCGGUGGGGUGUAUAUUUGCCGAGUUCCUCACAAUGAAAGCACUGUGGCCCGGCAAGUCUGAGAUUGAUCAACUCAACAGGAUAUUCAAGGACCUGGGAACUCCCAACAAAAAGAUCUGGCCAGGAGUGGAGGAGUUGCCAGGGAUGAAGAAGUGCACCUUCACCGACUACCCCUACAACACCCUCCGCAACAGAUUCGGCUCCUACUUCACCGACGUGGGCUUCGACCUCAUGAACAGAUUCCUUACGUACAACCCGACAAAGCGCAUCACGUCGGAGGAGGCACUGUCACAUGACUACUUCAAGGAGUCUCCGCAGCCAGUUGAUCCCUCCAUGUUCCCCACCUGGCCAGCCAAGAGCGAGCAGCCUCGCAAACACCAGAGCUCCCCCAAACCCCCGUCAGGAGGCAAGGCGUACUCCAAGCUGCUGGGUGAUGAUGACGAAUCCCUCGGCUUCCACAUGGCCAACCCAGUCAAGGGGGCCUCAGCACAGGGACCAGGAUUCCUCCUUAAGUUUGGACACUAGGGUCUCUGUGACAGCGAUGACAACAUCACGUACCCAGAAACACAGGCUCAACAAUGGGCACCACGAUUCCCCUCAACGGUACCUGGAACCACCCUGUAGUUAACAACAAGCACCAAGACCCUCUUAGGCAUUUCUGACAUGCCCGAACACACACAUUGAACGAGGUUAUAGGCAUGGUUUAAGUGUCUUUAUCUUUUGGGUGGCCCAGUAGGUAGAGUAUUGCCUUUGAAACUUGAGUCCUGGGUUUGAACCUGCAUUUGAAUCGGUUGAUGCCAUUGGUGAACGCCUUGAUAUAAAGUCAGUUGCAACUUUAUGAAAGAGGCUGUUCAGGAAAUAUUGAGAACAAGUGUCCCACUUCAUUCAGCCUCUUUAGUCAUUGCAGCACAGGCUGUAGGAGACUGAACAUCAACAAUGUGCCUUCAGUGAACCUCAAGUCAUCGCUCCAAACCAACCAUAAGUAUUCGAGGGUACAAGUUCAUACUGAGAGCCUACCCUCUCCUGAUUUUCAUGACAUGUUUAAAACGUGAGGGACCAUUUGUACAGUCUACAUGUGUGUCUUUGCCACCAUACGCCUGCAAAGGCAGUCUGUGCAGAGUUAUGGCCCUUAGAUGUGCCAGAAAGGAUCUCAGUUUGAAUCCCAGAUUUGGCUUGCUUCGGUUUUAGGUUCGUCAGCACCAUACCCGCGCUCAUGUUUCACAUUAGGUGUGCCAGAAACAUUCUCAGUUCCAAUCCGAGGUUCGCCAUGAUUAAGUUUGUAGGUAUGUCAGCACCGCUCAUGUUUCACAUUAGGUGUGCCAGAAACAAUCUCAGUUCCAAUACAAGGUUUGCCUUGAUUAAGUUUGUAGGUAUGUCAGCACCAUACCUGUGACCGUGGGUUUCACCAAUAUGGUCAACAUCCAAGACCUGCAUCCCUUCAGGCAUUUCUCCAACCUAAAGCUUAUGGGCUGCUAGAAUGGCAUGAGACCAACCUCGGUGAUAUUCCUGCAGUGGUGCUUCUUAUGUGAGUGACUGAAACAAUGCAUGCCUUUCAAAGGCUUGUAUAAUAGCACAUGUCUCAAUUACAACACUGAAUUCAGACAGACAAAUGUCUUCAAUGAAAGGGGGCGGUCGGGUAGCCUAGUGGUUAAAGCGUUCGCUUGUCACGCCGAAGACCUGGGUUCGACUCCCGACAUGGGUACAAUGUGUGAAGCCCAUUUCUGGUGUCCUCCGCCGUGAUAUUGCUGGAAUAUUGCUAAAAGCGGCGUAAAACCAUAAUCACUCUUCAAUGAAAGUGCUAUUCAAAUCCUACCAAUAAUAAUAACAGCUACAAAAUAUUUCAUCUCUGCUUGUGGGUGCAUGGGUUGUGUCCCUUAAAUAUGCCAGGAUCUAGUGGUUGUGUUAAGCCAGUUCACUCACUCUCAUCUGUAUCAAGAAUGAUUGACUGAGUCUGCUUUUCAGACAGCAAGUAGGAUUUGCUAGAUGUUAACAGAUUAUUUCAAAAACCAUUAUUUGGACAUGUGCUGUUUUAUUUUCAUGAAUUUGUGAAGAAAAAAUUAAAAACAUGUUAUCCUUCAUUCCUAACUGCUGCUGUAUAUACAACAUACAACACAACCUCACUCAAGCGUGAUGUCACUGGACUGAACACUGUAAAUAUUUCAUACCUUUGUAAAUCAUUGUUACAGGUCGUUUUCUGUAAAUAACCAUUAAACAUUUCAUGAACUU